AUGGCCUCUCCUGCUGCCUCGCAACAACCUUCUACAGAAACUUCGGAAGUGGAACUACAUCUACAAUUGACUCCACAUGCACUGCUCUGCAUCAACGCUAGGGAUGAUGUCCCCUCUCCAGUGCUUCAGCUUUUGUCUUUUGAAAAAUUGAUAGACGAUGAAAAUGACAAUGCCCGGUAUAAGGUUGUUUUGUCUGAUGCCACACACAUGCAAUUGGCGAUCCUCCCACCUAAGUAUAGUGGUUUGCUGCUUUUAGAGACAUUAAAGAUUGGCACUAUCCUAUCAUUGACAGCUUAUGCUUGUAGAAAUGUUUGGAACUCAAGGACUAUAAUAAUAUUCAGCCUUGCUGUCAAAUUUACCAAUUCUCCAUUGCUUGGGAAACCUAGAUAUCUGUUUAAAGAGCAAGAACAACAAAUGUUGGGUCGAGACACACCUGCCACAACUAAACGAUCCCUUAAAUUUGGAAUUCACCUCCCACCUGUGCAGCAUGAAUCUUCUGUUAAUAUCAGCCCGAUUAAAGCCUUGAACCCCUUCCAAAAUAAAUGGACAAUAAAGGGGCGUGUGACAAACAAGAGGAAGAUGCAUCAAUAUAGUACACCAAAGUCCACUGGCCAAGUAUUUAGCUUUGACAUGAUAGAUGGUGAAGGUACUGAAAUUAGAAUAACUUGCUUUGGCGAUGUAGCAGAAAUGCAUUAUCAUAGGGUUGAACCAGGAACAUAUUAUACUGUGUCAAAAGGUUGCGUUAAAGAAGCUAACACUAAAUGGAAUAAGCUUAACAGCCAUCUUGAGAUAACUUUGGACAACAAUUCAAUAUUGAAGCAUUGUGAUGAUGUUGUUGAAAGUGAAGCAAAUAAUUCUCAAUUCACACCAAUCAAUGAAAUUACAUACUGCACCAACAACACUUUAGUUGAUGUUAUUGGUAUUGUAGUUGCUGUUGGAGAACCCUCAUUAAUUCGCAGGAAGGAUGGAAGCGAAGUAACAAAGAGAAUUGUAAAAAUAAAUGAUGCCUCAACUUUUACUAUUGAUGUUAACUUAUGGGGAGAAACAUGGCAAGGGCUAGGUGAAGAUUUGAAGAGCAUGCACACAACCCAAACAGCUGUUGUCCUUGCAGUCAGAAAUGCUCGUGUUGGUUAUUUCAAUGGAAAGGUGGUCAACACAACCACAGCAACAACUCUAAAUAUAAACCCUUCUAUACCUGAAACAGAGACACUUAUGUCAAGAGGAAAGAUUUCAAAUGCCCUUUUACCGCUAUCGUGUGUUGCUGGCCAGCUUAACUCACAAUACAGUAGGAUGACAAUCAUAGCUGUUUUAGAGCGUACAAGUGUUCUCUCUGAAACAGUUGAAAGUACUAUUAGGGCUGUUAUGAAGCUCCAAGAUCAUACAGGGGCUCUUUGGGCUACUGCCUUUGAUGAGGUUGGCACAAAUAUACUGCAAAUAUCUGCCAAGGAGCUUUACAUGCUGCAGUACGAUUUGACUACACAAAAAACACCUCAGUCCAUUAUCAAGCAUGUCCUUUUGUCUUCCUUUGUUUUCACACUCUCUAUUACAACAGACAUGUACAAUUUAGAACCCAGGCUCAAAGCAACGAUAACCAAAGUUGCCAGAAUUGAUUACCAGGCUGAAAGUGCUCUUCUGCUUGCAGAGAUUGCUCAGAUGACUACAACUGCAUAG